CCUUCCCCACUGUCCAUGAGAAAUACUCCCUUGGCCAUUACUGCGCCCCCUAUUUUCUUGAUCGACGGUCCUCCCUCUCCACCGCGACAAUCCGAUGACUGACGCGGAGUCAUUUUACGAUAAGCUUUUAGCCUCACUGGCGAUCCCUGGACUCGAACUUGGCCCGCGAAAUGAAUCGGAACGGAGUAAUUCUGGGGCGGAGGCACCGGCUACAGAGGCCCUUGAGGGACGGGGUCAGAUGAACGGUUUGGGCUCUGGGAGUGGCUUAGUAGGUUUCCAGGAUAGUAAUAGGAGACUGGUGGCUUCAAAAUCACCAAUUGAAACGCGUGAUUGUGGAUUAGGAGAGGAGGUGGAGUCAGUUACUACUCGCGUUGAGCAACGCCGUGAUGAAGCUCUCCAGGACGCCCCCUCGCCAAGAGAGCCGGACAAACCUCACCCUCCGGCGAAUUUGCCAUCGCCAGAGCAGCCGAAAUCGGGCUCUACGGGCGCUCUAAAGAUACGGACCUCGGCUGCACUGGAGGCGGAAUUGCGGCGGCGGUUGUUGGAAAGUGGAUUGAGGAAACGAAAAUCCGUUUCUGAGCCCGAGAAUGCGCCUGCCAGCCCAGAGAAUUGCGCUCCAGAGCCUGACCCCCCGGGCCCCGAUAAGGCGGCGGAACUUCGUCGAAGAUUACUAUUCGAGCGCAACACAUAUGAAAAACAGAAAUCGUCUGCACAGAAGCCCAGAUCAACCCCGCUAAAAACACCAACUGGGCCUAUGAGGUCGCAAUCGCCGAUUAGCAUCUCCUCUGAUGAUGAUGACCAACAUACUACCAAAUCCUUGUCCCAUCCUGUAUCACUUCCCCCACGGCCCCCUCCUCGAAUUGGUUUCAGGUUGAGGAUCUUAGUUCCUUUUGCUGCCUCAGCAAGUGGAUAUCUUGUUAUGCAGACGGAAGAGUUGCCUUUAAGCACUACGUUGGCCAGCAUUAUUGAGUUAUUUGGCCCCCUGAAUGACCGGGAUCACUUGUAUUUCCCACAUUCGAGACCCAAACCUUCUCAGAGUGUUAUGAAAGCUGAGGGUGGUGAUGAGGAAAGACAGGAGGAAGAUUUGGGGCAAAGAUUUUACUAUGAACCCGAGGAUUCUGAGAUAGAACCUCAAGGAGAUGCUGCUGGACAAUCGGUCGGAACCCCAACAAAAAAGCCAAGCGAAACUAGGCCUAAAUCGGCAAAGAGCAGUUUAAAUGGUGGAGUGCCUGAAUUUGUACCAGUCGAUAAGAAGGAACGACCUGACGAGCCUGGAAGUUGGGUAGUAGGAAGGAAGACCUUAGAGGAUGUUUGGACUGAAGGGAAGCAGGUGGUCGAAUGUAUACUGAUUCGGGCAGGGGAAUUAGAUCGUCAUGAACAAGGUCAGGCCGCUGAAAUGUAUGAAGAUGUCGGGUAUCUUCAGCAGAAUGGAUGGGGGGGCACGAGAGAAUUUCUGCCGGCAGGGAAACAGUCUGAUGGAGAAUCCCAUGGACAAUGGGGAUUUGGUGCAUCUGGGUUCCCCCCUGACAACAUGAAUUACGGAUAUCCGAACCAGCAAUGGGGGGGACCAUAUCUUGAUCCGAACAUGCCCAGUCCUUCGACACCUUGGUUCCCGCAGCAAAACUUCACCCAGCAAUCACCAGUAUUCCUUUCACCCCAGCAACCACAGCCCGACUUUUCUCCGGAAGGCAGUAACGGCCAACAGGCCAUGCACUGGAUACCUGGGCAUACAGAUUACACUACUGCAGGUUGGAUGUACGGUUUUAAUGGAACCGCCGAUACCUCAGUUCCACAAGAGUCACCCACCGUCGGUGAGGGGACACCAAUCCCUCCAGCUCCAGAAUCUCGCGGCGCACCCGGUAGCGCGAAGAAGCGCAUGAGGGGCGGUCGGAGAAAAAAAGAUAGAGGGAAACCCGGCCCGAUUAGCAGUCCGGGAGUAGCUAGGGCCGGUGGACCAUCACGCCCCGGCCACUGA